AUGGCAAUAUUAUAUAAAUAUUCAAUGAUUUCAGAUAACAGAGUUGUGACAACAUUAGAAUCAUCAUGCUGCUUUUUAGCAAGUUUGUUUCCUAAAGUAUUUUGCACAUCUGUCUUGACUUGGUCUUUAUAUGUUCUACUAUUUGUUGUUCCUGAUUUCAUUCAAUCAUCAUUCAUAUUAACUGUGUUGAACAUUAUUGGGAUUCUUCUAUAUUCAUUAUGUAUCUUUACAUAUUAUAGAAUUAUACUAGUGGGUCCUGGUUCACCAUUAGAUUAUGAAGAGUUGAAAAUAAGCAAUGUAUCAAGAAUUUCAGAGAAUCCAUAUGAUACGGAUCCAGUUGAAUUACCUCCUGAUUUCUUGGUAUUACAUACAAUGAAAGUAAAUGGAACUCAAGGAUUUAGAUAUUGUGCUAAAUGUUCAGUUUGGAAACCUGAUAGAUGUCAUCAUUGUUCAAGUUCAGGGAAAUGUAUUUUAAAAAUGGAUCAUUAUUGUCCUUGGUUUUCUACAUGUAUUGGAUUCUUCAAUUAUAAAUUUUUCAUACAAUUUUUAUGCUAUGUUUCAAUUUAUUGUAUUUUUUUAUUCAUUAUAUGUGGGUACAUUAUCUAUAAAUUCCUCACUGAAGGAUUAUUUGAAGAUCAAUUUAUUUCAUUGAAUAUUGUGUUUUUAUUAGUAUUAUCAUUUGCUUUCUCACUUGCUGUUAGCGUUUUCUCGUUAUUUUCCAUUUAUUUAUGUGGUAGCAAUUUAACUACUAUCGAGUUUCAAGAAAGAAAAUGGAAUGGAAGAGGAUCAAAUGAUGAUCAAACUAGAUUUAAUUAUGAAUUUGAUGCUAAUGGGAAACAAAAGAAAUUAGCUAAUAUUUUUGAUCUUGGAUUUAAGGAGAACCUAAAACUGGUUUUAGGUCCUAAUAUUUGGACUUGGUUAUUACCUAUUGAUAUUAAUCGUAAAUCAAUCUUGAGUGAAUAUAGAAAUGGGAUUAAUUUUAAAGUUGAUGAAGAAACAUAUGCUAAAUAUCUUCAUAAUGCAGAAUUACAAAACCAGCUCAAUCAACAAUUGAGAAGCUAUAAAGACAGAAUUAGAAGAGAACGUGAAGCGACAAAUGUUAUAGAUGUAUAG